AUGUCUACACCAGCUGAAUACUACCGAUCUCUACCACCUGUGAGCAAGGCCUAUGGAGUGGCCUGUUUGAUGACCACAGCUGCAUAUUAUCUGCAACUUUAUGAUGCAUGGAACAUAGCCCUUGAUUAUGGCCUAGUGUUUAAACGCCUUCAUGUUUGGAGGCUUAUAACGAAUUUCUUCUUUCUUGGCUCAUUUUCAGUUCCAUUUGCAGUCCGUCUGAUAAUGAUAGCAAAAUAUGGUGUUGCAUUGGAAAGAGGACCCUUUGACAAGAGAACUGCGGAUUAUGUUUGGAUGGUCAUAUUUGGUGCAUUCUCACUUCUGGUGAUUGCUGCUGUGCCAUUUUUAUGGUUUCCAUUCAUGGGAUAUUCCUUAGUUUUCAUGAUCGUCUAUGUUUGGAGCCGCGAGUUUCCAAAUGCACGAAUCAAUAUUUAUGGUGUUGUGUCACUGAAGGGAUUUUACCUUCCAUGGGCUUUGCUAGCUUUGGAUUUAAUUUUUGGAAACACUUUAAAGCCAGACAUUUUAGGGAUGCUUGCAGGACAUCUUUAUUACUUUUUAACAGUGCUUCAUCCUCUUGCUGGGGGAAAGUUCAAAUUCAAUACUCCUCUCUGGGUUCACAAAAUAGUGGCAUAUUGGGGAGAGGGUACCCAAAUAAACGCCCCAGUUCAAUCUAAUCCAUCAGCUGGAAUUGUAUUCAGAGGAAGAAGCCACCGUCUUGGUGGGAAUCAAACAACAAGAAGCAGUGCAGAGCAAAGUGAAGGGAAUGCUUCCUCCCCUCAACAGCAGAAUCAGGGUAAUGGAAUUGCUUUUCGUGGAAGAAGUUAUCGUUUAAAUGGAUGAGUUUGGUAACAUGAUUUGUCUGUGUAUGAACCUCUCUUUUAUAUAAAUUUUAUUUAAUUAAUUGAUAUGUUAUGCCAUCAAAACCACAAAACAGUAAAUGUUUUGAUGUGGUGAAUCAUUUAACAGAAGUGGGGUUCACAUCACUGCCUGAAUCAUGAGCUUCCUACGUAUUUUGUCUAUCUUAACAUUUAGUAAUGAAAAUUAUAAGAACCACUU